CACAAGACGCUGAUCAAGACGCUGAUCAAGACACUUCUUGGAAAAGGUCCAGACUCAAUUGAGGUAUAACACGUGUUUUGUGUACUUUUCAAGAGAUCCUGAACAUUUUGUGAAAUACGAGAAGGACGUCGCUGAAAUGAGGGAGGACAAACCCAGCCUUCUGCUCUCCUUCCACACUGAACCCAAACAAGAGUCACUGGAUUCUGAUUGUGACAGUAAAGCUCAGUGUUCAUUGGUGGAUUCAGAGAUGACGUCAGUGAAGCUGGAAGACUGCAGUCAAACACUGGGACUGAAUGAUAUUAAAUGUGAAGAGAAGGAGGAGGAGAUUGGAGAUUUAAGUAAUCAAGAUGGAAUUCCAGAAGUGGAGACAAUUUCAACAUUUGGAGAGAAACAACACAAAUACUACAAAGAUAAGAAGUAUCACCACUGCUCCCAUUGUGAAAAACGGUUCAUGUCUAAAUCACAGUUGAAACGUCAUUUGAUCAAACAUACUGAAGAGAGGCCUCCAGUAUGUACCAGAUCUGACUCUGGGAUGAGUUUCAUAACAUCAUCUAAGGUUAGUGUUCAUCAGAGAGUGCACACCGGUGAGAAGCCAUACUCCUGUUCUGACUGUGGGAAAAGGUUCUCUCAGUUAGGUCACCUUAAAGUUCACAAGCGCAUACAUACUGGAGAGAAGCCUUACUCCUGUUCUGAAUGUGGGAAGUGUUUCUAUAAAUCCGGUGCGCUUGAUCGACAUCAGAGUGUGCACACAGGAGAGAAACCUUUCUGCUGUUCCGACUGUGGAAAGAAUUUCUCUCAAUUCAACCACCUUAAAGUUCACAAGCGCAUACAUACUGGAGAGAAGCCUUACAACUGUGCUGACUGUGGAAAGAAUUUCUCUCGGUCAAGUAAUCUUAAAAUUCACCAGCGCAUACAUACUGGAGAGAAGCCUUACUCCUGUUCUGAAUGUGAGAAGAGUUUCCCUCGGUUAGGUCAACUAAUAAGUCACCAGCGUUUACAUACUGGAGAGAAGCCUUACUCCUGUUCUGACUGUGGGAAGAGUUUCUCUCAUAUAAGUCAACUUAAACCUCACCAGCGCAUACAUACUGGAGAGAAGCCUUAUUCGUGUUCUGACUGUGGGAAGAGUUUCUCUCUGUUAAGUAGCCACAAAGCUCACCAGCGCAUACAUACUGGAGAGAAGCCUUACUCCUGUUCUGAGUGUGGGAAGAAUUUCACUACUUCAGGUGCACUUCUUCAGCACCACAGAGUUCACACGGGGGAGAAGCCUUAUAGCUGUUCCGAUUGUGGGAAGAAUUUCUCUCGGUUGAGUAACUUUAAAGUCCACCAGCGCCUACAUACUAGAGACAAGCCUUACUCCUCUUCUAACCAGUGCCACCUUCAUUUCAUCUUCAAUUAGUGUUCAUCAGAGAAUGCACACUGGUGAAAUGCCUUAUUCCUGUUCUGCCUGUGGGAAGUUUUUCUCAGAUAAGUAAAAUUUGGCCAGCGCACACAUAGGAUAGAUGCCUGACAUGUUCUGUCUUUCAGUGUAUCUUCUAAACUUACUAUCCACCAGAGAGUACACACUAUGUUUACUCUCUCUGAGUCUAUGGUGGAAGUAACCUUAAACUUCACCAGCGCAUACAUACGGGAGAGAACUGUGGGAAAUGUUUCAAUCAUCCAGUCUCUAAGAAAUCAGUGGAUUCUUACUGCAGAAUAACUUUAAAUCUCAAUGUAGGUAGUACUUUUUGACAUCAUCUAGAUUAUUACUCACAGAAGGUAAUAAUCUCAUCUUGUUCUGUUUGUGCAAAGAGUUUCACUUUACAAAAUAUCCUUAAACAUUUUGGAAAGAAAUGAAAUGCUUUGGAAACAGUCAGAUACUGUUCAUGAGCAGACGGAACUAUGAAUAACAUGUAACAUGAGUAACAAGUAACAUGCUCGCUAACAAGAUCUGGACAAUUCAGUGAGAUAUUGUGGGGAAUGGAUCCUGUUUCAAGUAACAAUCUGGUUUUGCUAUAAAAUAAGUGGAAGGAUGGUUGUUCUGUGGGAGAGAGCUUGUGAUUGAUCUGUAUGGAUUGUUUUUUUAUAUUCUAGUAUUUUUAAUAUAUUUUUAAGUACUGUCAAACGAUUAAAAUAAUUAUUUGUGAUUAGUUGCACAAUAUAAAGAAUGUGUUCAAACGUUGCCCUUAAUACUCACUCCUCUCUUUAAAAAGCAGUGCAUUACGGUAAAUACAUACUUUGUUUCAUUGCAAACUAUGGUCAGUGCUUGACUCUGAAUUAAAUAAACGCAAGUUGUCAAUGCCCUUAAUUCAGUUUAAUAUACAUACAUACAUUGUCAGUCCACAACUAACCACAGUAACAGUCCCCCUCUAAAUGUCGCCCAUGUAAAUCCAAAUAAAAGGUUGCUGGUCUGUGAUCCCAUAUCGGUCUAUGUUUUACCAUCUGAUAUUGAUCUCAUAAUGAAUGCACCAAGGACAAUAACUGCUACGUUAGGCUACUGUAUAAAACACAUCCCUUAAUUUAACCCACUGAAUCUUGAUGUUUAGGCUGAAAUGUGACUGUAAACAUUGUUUGCCACAACCAAAUACUUUAUUAGGUAUCUCUAAAUUAUUCCCAAAUUCAACCAAAUGCACGAGGCAGGCUACUUGAAUAGGCAGUGGAUUUUGGAAACAAACAUUAAAUCAGAGAAUCUGUGAUUCAUGCAAAAUACAGUUUGUUAAUUUCACUAUGAGAAUAUGAUUUUGUGGAAACACGAAUGCUUGGCUUAGAUAAAAACAUUUAAAUAAUGACAACUUAGCAUGCUACAGGGGGAUUCACGCCGCGGAGUAAGCGGAGGCCUGGAUCGCGUUCUCGUUUGAUGGGUUUUUGGAGUGAGACUGGUUUGUGGGAUGCAAGGAGAGAGAUUCCCCUUUCCUCACAAACGAACGUGUGGUCCACUAAUGCGGUUCUUAGGAAGGGAAAACGGCAACAUUGUUUUUUUAUUAGUAAAAAAUGUUGCACACUUGGAAUUUCUCUUGUAAUUGUAAAAACAUUUUGCAUAUACCCGCAAUUCUGUGGAACUCUUAGAGUCUUGUGGGUCUGUGACUUGGGAACACCACAAAUGUGUACAGUAAACGUUUCAGUGCAAGAGUCACAUCCCUGACAGCCCGACAGAUGGUUUCCAUGGAAAUAUGCUCAGGAUCACCAGUGUUUUACAGAACUCCAACACAAAGAGACUGAGAGCAUGUCCACAAUGUGUCAUAAGAACGAUAUGAGGGAUGAGAAUAUUGUUAAGAUAAACCAGGCCUGGAUCUACGGGGGGUAAAGCUGUGCCCCCCCAUUUGUUUCCCCUUAAAUACUGGAAAUGGUAUUUGAAUUAGAUGUGCCCCCCAUUUAUAAAAUGUUUUUCCUCAGUCAUUUCACCUUGUUACAUGAGAUAAAUGUUGAAUGUGCAGAAACAUUUUCAUUAGGGCGGGUCAGUGUCGUAGCCCGAACAAACGCCACUUUGUGGUUUGUGCUGGUAAGCUAUAUAUUUUAAUGGUUGUGGUGUUUUAUUGCACAUUAACAAUAUAUGUUGUCCUUAUGUUUUCUUUUUAUCCUCAAAUGUAUUUAUAUUAAAUGUUUUU